GUAGCAAUAACAAAAAUUUUGUGGCCAGUUUAUCGAACAUCGUACUUAUUAUCUGUUGGUAUUAUUCCUUUAGUAUUGAGACAUUUUUUUAUAACGUAGGAUUAAGUAAAUUAUUCGAAUUAUGAUAUAUUAUUUAAAAUAAGAUUUAAGUAAAAUUUUAAAAUGUGGAAAACGAAAAAAUUUGCUUCGACUAUACAGAAUCUGACUAUAAGGGGAUAUGCAACCUCGAGAGCUAAGGUGAUCGCAAUCAGAAGAGAGGAUCAAAGUAUUUGGGAGAGACGAGCACCAUUUUCGCCUAGCCAUGUACGCAAACUGGUCAAAAGAGGUGUCAAAGUUAUAGUCCAACCAAGCAACAGAAGAUCGUACCCAAUGCCGGCUUAUAUUAACGCCGGAGCCACGGUGCAAGAGGAUAUUUCUGAAGCGUCUGUGAUAUUCGGUGUCAAACAGGUACCCGUCAAUCAGCUGAUACCCGAAAAAACCUACUGCAUAUUCUCCCACACCAUAAAGGCUCAGGAAACAAAUUUGCCGCUAUUGGACGCCAUUUUAGAAAAAAGGAUUCGUCUUAUCGAUUACGAAAAGCUAAUGGACGAAAAAGGAAAUCGCGUAGUGGCUUUUGGAAAGAUGGCCGGUAUCGCCGGAACCAUCAACAUUUUACAUGGGCUAGGAUUGAGAUUGCUGGCUCUUGGUCAUCACACGCCGUUUAUGCAUAUUGGACCAGCGCAUAACUACAGGAAUGCAAGCAUGGCUAGACAAGCCGUUAGAGAUGCAGGUUAUGAAAUCGCGUUAGGUAUGAUGCCGAAAUCGAUCGGCCCGCUAACGUUCGUCUUCACCGGUUCAGGAAACGUAUCUCAAGGAUCUCAAGAAGUGUUUCAGGAACUUCCGCACGAGUAUGUCACGCCGGAAUUUUUAAAGAAAGCCGCCGAACACGGCAGUUUGAACAAAGUUUACGGAUGCGAGGUAAGAAGAAGCCAUUAUUUGGAACGAGCCGACGGCGGAGGGUUCGAUCCGGUCGAAUACGAAGAACAUCCCGAAAGAUACAUCUCAACCUUUAGCAAGAAAAUCGCCCCUUACGCCUCGGUGAUAAUAAACGGAAUCUACUGGGCUGUAGAUAGUCCGAAACUCCUAACCAUUCCGGAUGCCAAACAUCUUUUGAAACCAGCGCAUGCUCCCUGGUUGCCAACUUCGUUCGGCGCUCCGGCGUUGCCACACAGGAUGUUGGGAAUCUGUGAUAUAUCCGCUGAUCCAGGUGGUUCUAUUGAAUUUAUGAACGAAUGCACGACAAUAGACACGCCAUUUUGUCUUUACGACGCGGACAGGAAUAAAGACACGAACAGUUUUAACGGACCUGGAGUGUUGGUGUGUAGUAUCGAUAAUAUGCCGACGCAAAUACCCAGGGAAAGUACCGAUUUCUUCGGGGAUCUCUUGUACCCGUUUACCUUCGAUAUAUUGCAAAGUAAUGCGAAAGAGCCAUUGGAAAAUCACAAUUUUUCACCUGCCAUACACGGGGCAAUAAUAGCAAGCAAUGGAAAACUAACUCCAAACUACGAAUACAUUCAAGAACUAAGAAAAUCUGCUGGGAAAAGUAGACAUAAAGUAGAAAUGAACGGUUCAGCGGAAAAGAACGUUCUCAUCCUCGGAGCGGGCCGGGUAGCUUCACCGCUAAUCGAAUAUUUAUACAGGGAUAAAUCCGUUGGAAUAACAGUGGCGUGCGAACAGAGAGACCUCGGCGAUGCACUGUCUAAUCAAUAUCCAGGAGUAGAGAGUGUGUACUUGAAUGCAGCUGAAAAUCCCUCGUGUUUGCAGGAGUUAGUGAAAAAGGCCGAUGUCGUUGUAUCUAUCCUUCCAGCUGGCCUUCACCCUAUUGUAGCGAAAGCAUGCGUCAACGAGGGAGUUCACAUGGUCACCGCUAGCUACAUGUCCAACGAAAUUAAAGGCCUUCACGAAGCGGCUCAAAACGCUGGAAUCACAAUCCUGAACGAGGUUGGCUUAGAUCCAGGCAUAGACCAUCUUCUAGCUCUCGAAUGCAUUGAAGAUGUAAAAGCUCUUGGAGGUAGAAUUACCUCAUUUGAAUCGUUUUGCGGUGGUUUACCGGCACCGGAAUACAGUGAUAAUCCACUAAGGUAUAAAUUUUCUUGGUCACCGCGUGGAGCACUUCUAAAUACCGUAGGAUCUGCAAGGUACUUGAGAAAAGGCCAAAUUGUCGAAAUAAGCGAAGGCGGUGAACUAAUGAGAGCUGCCAAGCCUUUAGACUUCUUGCCCGGAUUUAACCUUGAAGGAUUUCCUAACAGAGAUAGCAUAAAAUAUUCAAAGGUUUACGGUAUAGAAGAAGCAACAACGGUACUUCGAGGUACAAUUAGAUACAGCGGAUUCGCGCAUGCAGCCAGACAAUUACAAUUUUUGGGCUUGUUGGACACUGAAAGUCACCCUACUUUACACGAACAGGGGCCAGAAGUUACAUGGAGGAAACUUAUAUGCGAUCUUUUGGGACUCGAAGAUGCCAAUAUAUUUUACGACAAUUUAAAGAAUAAAAUUAGCGAGAGGACAGGGACUGAUACGGCUGUGGAUAUUUUAGAAGAAUUGGGACUCUUGGAUGAGGUGAAAGUUGUUAAAUGCGGUACUCCAUUGGAUACGCUUACACACUAUUUGGCAACCAAAUUACCAGUUGAAAAACAUGAACGAGAUCUAGUCAUUCUAAGGCAUGAUCUCGGUAUUGUAUGGCCUGACUAUAAAAUUGAAAAUCGAGGAAUUAAUUUGGUUGUAUAUGGAGAUCCUUAUGGGCAUUCCGCUAUGGCCAAAACCGUUGGAUAUCCUACAGCUAUAGCUACAAAGAUGGUUUUAGAUGGUGAAAUCCAAGAACGUGGAUGUAUAUUACCAUUUGCUAGAGAGGUUUACAGACCGAUUUUGCAGAGGUUGAGAGCUGAAGGUUUAACUAGUACCGAAACGUCAAAAUUUGUUUAGAUAUCCAGUUCAGUUACUCCUAAAAAUACCAAAUCCUUGUAAAAUGUUUCCCUAAAAGAUAUUUGAAAGCCUCAAACGACGACUAUUUCAUUUUAAA